AUGCAAUAUUUGUAUGAACAAACCAGUAUUCCUCUACCGAAAAUAUUGGCCUAUUCGUGUGAUUCCCAUACGAGUAUUUUAGAAUGUGAAUUUAUCUUAAUGGAGAAAAGUCAAGGUGAUACACUUGAACAUGUCAUCGAUAAGAUGUCCGAUGAAAAUUUGAUGAAAACUGUAACAGAAAUAAUCAACUAUGUUAAACAAUUGCGUGAAAUCAAUCUGCCACAAAUGAAUCAGAUUGGAUCAUUUGGUAGUAAAAUGUUGCAUCUGGGUGGAUAUGUUCUUGAUGGUCCUACACUCGGUCCAUUUUAUACACCGAAAGAAUUCAUUUUGGCACAUUUACAAUGGUCUAUUCACUCUAUCGAAAUUGAUUCGCAAUCGUUUGAAAUUGUCAAACAUUUGCUGUUGCCUCUAAAGGAAAUUAUCAAGCGCAUCGAAAAUGACGAGUAUCUAUCGAAUGUGAAAUAUACAUAUCAUAUGACUCAUACAGAUUUAAAUACAUCGAAUAUUAUUGUUGAUCAAAUAAAUGGUAAAAUUUUGGCUAUUAUCGAUUGGGAAAGUUGUGCUAUGACAUUUGAUGAAAGUGAUAUGAAAUUUUAUGAACAUUGGUCAGAUAAUGAUGAACGAAAAGAAAAAAUUAAAUCAUUAUUGCCAUCGAAUUGGACCAACGAGAGCUCGAAUGAUAUCAGUUAUAUCAUACCAUAUUUAGAUGUGAUGUAUUCAGCUAUGUGGGCAACAUUUUACAGUUCUACUUGGUUUGAAUCCGAACAAAAAGUACUUGAACAUAUAAACUAUUUUGUACAAGAGACUGAAAAGGCCAUUACUGAAUUGAACAAAGUUUCGUCAUAA